AAAUCGAAGAUAUAAUGAGUGCCGCGGUUUCAGUGUUCGUACUCUUGGUUCUUUACCAAGCACAGAGAUAUGCUAUCGUUUGUGCAACCCUUCCCGCCAAAUCCAAUUCCAGUUACUUCGACCUCGAAAAUUCAGCAUAAUAAAUCUUUGUAUUCAACGAAUCUUACUAAAAUACCAAAGCGAAGAAGAACCUUGUUCAUAAUCUCUGCUGCAAACCCAGAUGAUUACAAUGCUACACUCAAAGCUCUCAAUUCCAGAAAACGUUUCCCCAGAAAAUCUCUUGGCCAGCAUUAUAUGCUGAAUUCUACCAUCAAUGAGCAGCUUGCAUCUGUUGCUAAUGUGAAAGAUGGGGAUUUGGUGCUGGAGAUUGGACCUGGUACCGGGUCCUUGACGAAUGUUCUUACUGAUGCUGGUGCUACUGUGUUGGCCAUUGAAAAGGAUCCACACAUGGCUGCCCUUGUCAAGGAACGGUUUGCAGAUACAGGCCGCUUGAUGGUUGUACAAGAAGAUUUUACAAAAUGUCAUAUACGUUCCCAUAUGUUAUCUUUAUUGGAAAGUAAAAAUUUGGCUGGUACGAAGACAAGGCAUGCCAAAGUUGUGGCAAACAUACCUUUCAACAUUAGUAAGGAUGUGGUGAAGCAGCUUCUUCCUAUGGGUGACAUAUUUUCAGAAGUUGUUCUGUUACUUCAGGAUGAGACUGCUAUACGUUUGGUUGAAUCAUCCUCAAAAUCGUCAGAGUACAGGCCUAUAAAUAUAUUUGUGAAGUUCUAUUCAGAUCCAGAAUACAAAUUUCAAGUUCCAAGGGCUAAUUUUUUCCCUCAACCCAAUGUUGAUGGUGCUGUUGUUUCUUUCAAACUCAAGCAACCUUCAGAUUAUCCCUCUGUUCCAUCAAUCAAAAGCUUCUUCUCGUUGGUUAAUUCGGCAUUCAACGGGAAACGCAAGAUGUUGAGGAAUACACUUCAGCAUAUACGCACACCUCCAGAGAUCGAAGAAGCUUUAAGAAGUAUGGAUCUUCCAGCCACAUCAAGACCGGAGGAACUAACGUUGAAUGAUUUUGUAAAACUGCAUAACUCCCUCGUGAUAGCUGACUUGGAUGCGCCAUAAGAUAUAACUUGAAAGACCAUGAGUACAACAAGCAUAGCGCCAUAGUUCUUCAAAACUGCUGAGAAUAGUCAAAUGAUGCGGCAUUCUGUUGUAAAUCACAGUCGAAUUAUUUAGGAAAAGCUUUAGGCUGAUAGAGGUUUUCUGAUUGAAACCUUGAACUGGAAGAUGUAACAAUCAGCAUUUCCUGAUUAAGUUUGAACCUAGGUAUGAAGUUGCAUCUUGGUGUAUGUCCAAUCAAUUGUGCAUUAUUGCCUCAUAUGAUCUAUCAAGCCUUUCUAGUUUCUAUACAAUAGUUGUAUUUUACAUACUCCCUAUAUUCAACUUUAUUAUUCUAUGAUUGUUUUAUUGUA